AUUAUUAAUGUUUCUCUUUCUUCCGUAUUGUACUGUAAAUCUCGCGAGAGCUUCCGCAGUACAGCCAAUGUGUAUAUAAAUAUAUAUAUAAGUCUCGCGAGAGAGAUUUUGUAGUGGGCGUGGUGUAUUAAUAUACACCUACUCGCUAUUGGUUCAUAAUCAGGAAGUGAACGGUUGCGUCAUUUUCCGCAGUUAUUUGAAACUGCAAAAAGUUCGCGUUGUGUGUACAAGGUGCACCUUAGGCACAAAAAAAGAAAACAAAAAAAUAAAACCAGUAAUGAUUCUUAAUUUAUAGUUUAAGUUAUGGUUAAUCUCGGUUUAUUAGCUUUUGUUAGCUAAAAUAACGCAAAACAGGGUCUUUUCGUGUUGGCUAGAUUAGCUUAGCUUAGCACGACGUAGUAAACAGUUGUAAGGUUAGCAUACACUGCUCUGUUUGUUUUCCGAGAAUAGGAUAGCUACCCAGGUGUAGCCUAUUAACACAUUUUUAAAACAACUUUGCGUGUAAUUGGAAAAAAAACUUGUCAAAAAUUUCUUCGUUCGAAAGAAAGGGACGAUAUGGAAAAGCUUGUGGUAUGAGGGUUGACGUGUCAUGUGUUGACGUGUGCAGCAGGAGCAGACGGAGUGGGACGCAGUGAACCGCCUGCUGCAGCACCAUGGCUUUAAACCCGUCCGCUUCACAGAUCCCACUGAGAACAAGAACCUGGCAGACCUGGUGCUGUUGGAGAGGACAUCCUCGUCUGAGCUGCGCGUGAUGCUGAGGACGAUGCUGACGGACUCGGAGCGGAGACAAGCGCUGAUCCAGGAGCUCAUCCAGUCCAACAGCAAGUUGAAGCAGGAAGUGGAGGAGCAGCAGGCUCGGGCCACGCGUCAGUCACACAGAGCAGAGGAGCUGGAGGGCGUGCUCGCCGGGGUAAAGGUCAAAGUUCAGGGUCUGGAGGACUCUAUUAUCAAUAAAGCGGCGCAGCAGCGGGGACAACUACAGCAGCUGCAGCAGGACGAGCGAGACGCCGAGAUGCGCUGUCAGGCUCUGCAGCUGCAGCUCAGUGAGCAGGUGUCUCAGGUGUGUCAGCUGCAGAAGAAGCUCCACCUCGCCGUGAAAGAGGAGGAGAAACGAGCGUCCCGCCAGAACCAGGCUUUCCAGCAGUUCUUCAGUCGCUCAGCUCGACUACACUCGCCUAGUGAUCAGCUGAUCCUGGACGUCAUCAGUGUUUACGAAGCUCAGCUGCAGGAGCUGCAGGAGAAACUGAAGAGGACUCGCAGAUGCAGAGAGUGUAAGAACGACUCGUCCGACUCUCACAACACCGACACGUCCCAGUUAACCUCAUCCAGCUACAGAUCCCUGCUCAAGUCGUAUCAGGAGCAGUUGAAGAAGACUAAAGCGCAGCGUGAAGAUCUGAAGUCGGAGAUUCAGCGUCUCAGACAGGACCUGGACUCCAGGCCAAGUGUGAAAGAACUAAAGUGGUGUAAGCAGCAGCUGAGGAGGAUGGAGCGUCUCGUCCAACACACCAACAUCAGGUCAGUCCAGACGGAGACCGAAGAUCCUCCCAGCUCCAGCACUGAGACACAGCGACGUGUCGCAGAGAGCCAGAGAUGCAUCACGGAGAUCUGCUCGGAGCUGAAGGUGCAGGACGUGGGUCACGUCGUGGCCGCCGUCCGGGCGCGCUGCAGAGAGGCCGACUCGGCGCUCCGAUUCGAGAAGAUCCUCAGUGACAUCGCGGCCGUCCUGACCGAUCCGGGCGCUCCGCUGGCGCUCCCGAGGCGACGCCCUGACGCCGCCGCGGGCUCAGAGCUGGAGCAGAUCGUCCCUACGCUGGAGACGUGGAGCCAACAGCUCAGCGCUCUGCCCGUUCUGCAGCGCUCCGUGAGCACACUGGUGAAGAGGCUGUUGCCGUGGCAGCCGGAGGACGGGGCAUGUCGUCGGUCCGGGUGCGUGAAAGUGGAGGACGUGAUGCGCAUGGUGGACACGCUGCUGGACCAGACCGCUCCAGACGACAAGGUGUUGCGCACUCCCACUAAGCCCACCCUGCAGGCCAUUGUGUCUCACUUCCAGAAGCUGUUUGACGUCGCGAGUCUGCGCGGCGUUUACCCGAGGAUGAACGAGGUUUACACUCGACUAGAGGAGAUGAACAACGUCAUGAGGAACCUCCGAGACAUCCUGGACCUGGAUGACAGAGCGCCCCCUAGUGAAGUGGUGAACACAGUGGCCAGAAUCAUGACUGGAUACGGUUUUAAUCAAAACCCACUGGAGCUGCUUGGAACCGGUGACAUAGACAGCAUUAUAGUGAAGCUGAAGGAACACGAGGAAUUCUUUCCUGCCUUUAACUCUCUGGUCCUCGAGCUGCUAAACACUCUGGGUGCUGAGAGUCUGGAGGACAUUUUACCUCGGGUCAGGACCCUGAAAUCAAUGACAGAGUGACGUUUCUACUCGCCUUUACCCCAUCCUGCUGUGAGAAAUUACUAGACUGCUAGAAUCCUUUAU